AUGCGUGUCAACAAGCGUGACCUGACGAACGAUGACCGCGAGGCCAUCCUUCGGGAGAUUCUGCUGAACAGCAGUAAUACCUCGUUGGCCAUAUUGCCCAACGGCAUUGCGCAGGUGCUUGCGGAGAAGUACAUCUGCCAUCACUCCACCAUUCGCCGCGUCUUUGCUCAGGCAAAGGAGCAAGGGGUUACCACUGGCAACAUGAAAGUUUCGGUUGCGAACAGAAAGAAGGGUCGGAAUGCUAUCCGUCCCAGCUUGACCGAUGCCAACAAGUACAGCCGCAUGAAGUUUGCAUUCAACUUCGUUCGGGCGAACAUGGAGUUCGACGACAUGAUGGACUACGUCCAUUUGGACGAAAAAUGGUUCUACAUCACCAAGACAACGAGACGCGCCGUGGCCCGACCUCGGUACGACGACGCUACGGGUACAUGGUGGGAUGGCAAGAUUGGAACUUGGCCGUUCGUUGAGUCCGUCCAAGCCCAGCGCAACAGUGCCAACCGAGCUGCAGGGACCUAUAAAACCAAGGCGUUGACCGUGACCAAGGACGUAUACCGCGCGUUCCUGGCGGAAAAGGUCUUACCGGCGAUCGUGUCCAAGUGGUCAUGCCCCAAGCGACUUGUCCACCUGCAGCACGACAAUGCGCGCGCACAUGUGUCGCCAGACGACGCGAAGCUCUUGGCAGCCUUCGCCAGCAACAGUACAUCUGAUUGGACGUUCGCGAACAAUCCGCAACUUCCCAACUCACCCGACAUGAACAUCCUUGCCCGAACUGUGGACGACCUCAUCACCAAUGUCCAUGCAGCAGUCGACACGUACCCGUUCGAGCGUUUGGACCGGACGUUCAUGACUUUCCAAGCGUGCCUUGUGGAAACGAUGAAGUGUUUUGGCGACAACGCGUUCAAGGUGCCUCAUCUGUCCAAGGAGAAGCAAGCGCGGCUGGGGCUCCUGCCUGAAAACGUUCGAUGCCCUGCGGAUACCUACGACAGUGUCAAGCGCUCACUGGAUUCCGUCGACUGCACCGUCAUGGAGAAGAAGUUCCAAGAGGAACUGGACGAGGCUCGAAGCAUGCACGAGCUGGUCCAGGAGCUCGAGCGCAUUGCCCUAUGUGACGACGAAACGGUGGAUGAGUUGAUGGCUGGAGUUGGAAUAGAUCCAAUCAGCUUAGAUAAUGACGAGUAA